UCAACAGCGGUAGUGCGGCACCGGAAAUAUUUGAAGGUUGCACAACAAUGAGUUACAUGACCUCAACAAGGUGCGUUUGAUAAGUAAACCUUCAGUUUAUUUGACUUUAGCCUGGGUGUGUCCUGAAAAAUGACCAGUUGUUCGAGAUGUCUACAAUAGCAGGACGAGUUUUCACCGGUCUGACAAGAGCUGCUUUCAGUCGAACCGUUUAUAAGGUUACACCUACCCUUGGCAGACUGAACAGCGUGCGCCCUCUAGCUCUGAGCUCUCAGACGUCAGCCGAGUCCAAAGAUAGUCAAAACGAGGUGGACAAUACGCCCAUCAAGUUCUCCACCAGUAAAGGCAGUCACCGAACCUGGAAAGUUGAACGCUCAAUGGGGAGCCAGUUUCAGCGACCCUUGCGGAAAGUAAUCCCCAUCAUCCUGAUUUUCACCAGCUUCAUGCUGUGGGUUGCAUUUCGAAGCGAGACGGAUUUUGAUAAACAGCUGGAGAAGGAACUGUAUGAGCGUUUCCCCGCCUUGCUUCCAGACGAAGAGGAGGAGGAAGCCCAAAAUAAAUCAAGUUAACAAAUGUGGGACUUAAGAUGUGUAUAUACAGUAUAUAUUUCAGAUUAUAUUUAUUGUGAAAUGUGUGGCUGUAGUAUUUCCGGCUGCGGCACCGACUAAUUGCUUGACAACACUGCAGGUGUAGCAGUGAAGCCGUCCAGUACUAUGGAAACGUAUGAUUUAUUUUUUUCUCAGCAAAAGAUGUAUAAUCAAUUGUUUUAAGACCAUACAUUGCCUUCUUUCAAGUUUCAGUUGAGUGGUCAGAACAUUCAGAUUAAAAUGUGUUGAUUUGAAUCCACUGAACUUGGUUUUGUCUACCUUUUUAUCAAUGUACUUAUUGUAAUUACACCAAUUAUAAGGUAACUAAUAGUUAUUUUCUCAAUUAAUUGAUUAGUUAUUUGGUCUAUAAAAUGUCAAAAUAUUGAUCAGUGUUUCCCAAAGCACAAGAUGAAGUCCACAAAUGUCUUCUGUAUAUACAAGUUCAGUUCAGUUUACCGUCAGGAGAAAAAAAAUAAAAAAUUAAUUUUUGAAGGAGCUGGAAUCAGAAUUUUGACUUAAAUU